AUGCACCAGAUUUACAGCUGCAGCGACGAAAAUUUAGAAGUUUUCACCACCGUGAUUUCAUCCAAAUCAUGUAGUCCUGCCCGAAGGAGAGCCAAAAGCACGCAUCACAUCCUGACAAAGAGCGUGGUAGCAGUGUCUGACUGUCGCCCCCACCGGCCAGACAAGCUGCAGCCCCACCACGGCGACCUCUUCCAGGUGCUCUACAGAGAAGAAGAGGUGCACAGCUUGGGCCAGGGUGGGCAGCAGGGACCCUGCAGCCCCAAGCACGUGGGAAUAACUGAACGAGAAACAUCCAAACCUUGUAAUCACCAGUCAAAUGGGAAACCUUUGCCUCCGACAUCGCUAGCCCUCCCCAUCACAGCGAAGCCGGCUCUCAUAGGAUCAAGCAUGGAUGACCACCCACUUGCAGAAGACCGUAGGCAGCGCUUGAGGAAGAUGGCAGAGUAUGACUUGAACAUGACACCAGGAGCAGAAGCUUCUCUGCCACUGACGGGAGGCAGCCUGUACGGGACACCCAGCUUGCUGAGGAAGAUGUGGAUGAAGCACAAGAAGAAGUCAGAGUACCUGGGGGCAACAAACAGUGCCUUUGAGGCAGACUGAUAAGUCUCAACAUCACUCAAAAAGACAAAAGUUCCUUUAGCUAGGACAAGGUGCUCUAGGAUUGAUGAAGGAACAGACUCAGCACAGCUCCCCAUCCUUUUCAUUACUUGAUGC